UCGUACAUGUACGUCAAUAUUAUUUUCACAAAAUUAAAUAGUCAUUUUCGUUAUAAUUUUAAAAAUAUUUCAUCCAAAAAUGCCAUCUUUCACGCCACGAUCAGUCCUGGCGGAUGUCGAAAUGGACGAAGAUUUCGUCGAGGCUGUGGAGAAAUUUAAAGAUACAGAACUGACCCCCGAACAAAUGGCGUUAAAGAUCCAAGCAGACAGAGUCAUUUACACACUGAAUAGAUGUCUGGCAAAGCUGAAUACAGUGGCGCAUUUCCCAUUUUUACUACAGAACGACGCGGAGUUGUUGAGGAAGUAUUUGAGUCCUAACGAGGCGUUUUUCGUUCUGGAAGCUCUGUCAGAAUGGCGUCUCGACUUUGAUGUUUCAGAUAUACAACCAACUGAAUUCAUUAGUGAAUAUUUGAAGAUUGGUAAUAUUAAUAGGUCACCAACAAAAAAACAACAACCCACAGCAGUUUUACCAGAGGAUUUCCCAAAUGCACAAGUCUACCAGAUCGUAGAUAUAAUUUUCUAUAACAAAUGUUUGCAAUCAAUUAUUCGCUCAACAGAGAAGCCAAAAAUCGACUGGCAUGUGAUGAGUCUUAUAAAACUUCUCCAAGAUUUGAAGAACAUCGCAAAAACCAAGCUAUAUACAACAGGAGACGAACAGAACGCAAUGGAGAAAGAACUUCGAAGAGCUUACAAGUCCAACGUCCUACUAACAGCUGCCAUCGAGGAUUUGAAGCAACAACUAGAAAAACAAAGAAAAGAACUAGGAGAUCAACUAAACGAAAAGCUGAAAGUGUUCGAGAUGUAUAACGAAAAAAUGGAAACAGUCAAAGAAAAUUUUGAAAUCGAAAUGAGAAAAACCCAACGUGAUACGGAGAAGACGAUGAUGCAGAAAACAAUGGAGAGCGAAGAGGCGCAAGCUUUCUUAGCAGACGAAGCUGAGAGAGUUGUUAAAAGAUAUCAGGAUCUUCUUCAAACAAAUCUGCAAGCAGAAGGUAGCUCGAGAGCUAAGAGAUCCAAAAUUGAGACGCAGUUGCAGAAUUGGAUCAAUACGUUCGAUCAGGAUAUUGGAGAAAAACAGGCUCAAUUUGAUCAAUUACAAGAAGAAUACGACCAAAAAAAGGCGGAAAUAGACGAAGCUCAAAAGGUUAUAGACGAGCAGGAAGAAGAGUACAAUAGACUAAUGGCCGAGAAGGCCGAAGAAGAAGAACGGUUGUAUAACGAAAUGGCGUACCAAUUCUUCCUCGACAGAUCUGCAAGGAAAAUUCAAAGAUAUUGGAGAGCAUAUGUGGAGAAAAAGGCGACAAAGAAGAAGAAGGGCAAAAAGAAGAAAUAAAUAUAUAAAUAGUGUAAUUUUAUAGUAAGGUAAUUUUUAAAUACAUAGUAUGAAAAAUA